UUAGAGGGAAGAGGGAAUUUCGGAUUGUUUACAUCACGGAACGGAAAGUUUGUCUUCUUGUCUGAAGAUAUUAUGUAGAAUGAAUGUCUAAAGCUGACUUUUAGACAUUUAAGUUUGAUGUCUGCACCACCCGUGUACACGAUGUCACCUUGUUCCUGAGAACAUUCACCUGAACAAGCAGAAAAUGUCUCAGCUGCAGCCACAGAGCCAGCUCCAAGGUUCAGCCGAGGAGCCCCUCCUGAACAUCCAGCAGAUGCAGUUCUGGCUGGACAAAGCGGUGGCAUGGGGCCAGGCUGAGCGCCCAGACUCUCAGAAAGACACCUGCCUGCAUUUGAACAGACUGAGGGAUUUCCUUCAGCGACUCCUCACACAUAUCAACUGCAUGAGCUCCACAACAGAGACCAUGAAGACACUUCCCUUCUUGGGCCAGUUUCUUGGACGACUGUGCUGGAACCCUUAUGUCACUGCUGAUGCUACAGGCAGAAAGCUUUUGUUCCAGUGUCUGUGGAGUCUUUACUCUGAGCAUCCAGGCAAUGCUGUGGAAAGAAAAGCCAACCAGUGGAUACAGAAACUGUUUAGUCAACUUGCUACAGAAGAAGAGGAUGUUGCAGCCCAGGCAUUUAUGAAGCAUAUGAAUGUACCACCUCAUGAGUACCAUCUCAAAGUGCUGAGAAAGAUGGUGGCGAUGCUGCAGGAAAACAUUGGGAAGAGCUGCAGUUCUUCUAGCAGCAUGAAUCAGAGGUGUUCCUGUGACCGCAUUCAGGCCACGUCCGAGGCUUGUGUCCCGCUUAUCACUUGUCCUGAGGCUGCUCCUCUCAUUGGUGCUCUGCUGCUGCAGUCGAUGACUUGUGUCAGGGCAACACUCAGUGAAGACUUUCUGGAUGCUCUCAGUUCUGCCUACUUAAGCCAAUGCUUGUCACUGGAGGAGCAGGCAGUCGUGUCUCUGUGGUAUCACAACCUGCCCAGCCUGGAAGAAACCGUGCUCAGACUGCUGGAGUGUGCUCAGACCAACUCUCAGUCAACACCACAGAAGCUUGAGCAGCUACUAACACAAUCACUGCUGCCUAAAGCCUGUGCUCAGCACUGCUCCAUAUUCUUGGUUGUAAACGACAUCUUCAGGUCCUUCUUGAAACAAGCUGAAGGAAAUGAGCCUGUUAAAAGUCUAAUCCAAACAUUUACCUGCUGUUUCCUUCGGGAACUGGCUCUACAGCAGCAGCAGACGAGAGUAUCUCUGAAGGCCUGGUUCCCACAGUCACCUCAGAGGCUGCUUGUUCCUCUCCUGACCCUGCCGUCAGAGAUGCCUGAGGAUGCUUGGAGACGUCACCUGAACUGGCUCAGUCGCUCAUUACAGAGACUGACAGAAGAAGAAGAAGAGGAGGAGGGAGAUGAAGACAGCAGCAGUAGCGCCAGUAUAGAGGGGCACCACACAGUGUUUGAGGCCUGGUUCCUGCUGGUUCAGUGUGCGCACUGGCUGCAGGUGGCUGUCCAGCUGCUGGUGACACCCGGGCCUGAGGACGGUGGCCCCCUCCUGUGGCUGCUGACGUUCUACCACCACCCCACCAACAGGGGGCACCACAGAGCACAGCAGCUUGUACGUGCCACUGAAGCAUGGGAACACCUGCGCUUCGUUUUUUUGGUCUUACCUGGCCCUCCUCCUGAGGAGCGCCUGCAGGCACUGGUCACUCUGCUGUCACCACAACCUCAGCAGCCAUCACCGCCUACAGUAUUGAUCCUCAGCCUCUUAGUCAACGUUGCUGUUUUCUCCCAACUAGCUCUGAAUGGAUCAGCAGAGAUUUUACAGACGGUGGUGGAGGGUUCUGGUCUGGCUGAUGAAGCAGCGAGUCUUCUCAGCUCACUGGAGCUCAAACUGAACGGAGGAAGCUGCUCGUCAGGCGCUGCUAACAGAGUUCAUCUCAGGAUCAAAGCUCUUAGAAACACACUAACACAUACGCAGGCAGCAUCGAGCCCUGCUGAGAACCAAGCACACACACUCACACUCUAAAAACAGGUGAGAGUGCAUACCCUCCCCCACACAAACACACACACACACACUUAUUAAUGCAGAGAACCACACAUCAGUGAGUUCAUCCUCAGCUCAGGGUUUUUCUCCCAGACACCUUUGCAGAAUGACAAAUAGCCGCGCCUAUUGUGUAGAUAUGCUGCGGUACAAUGACAGGAGUGUGUCAAAACAGCCCGGCGAGGACAGAUUAUUUGGAGAGGCAGCAAUUAUACGCACAGACACAAAACACGACUACAAGGCCCACAAGGACACUUGAGCAGUGACAGAUCACACUGCAAAGAAGCAGCAGCUCGUACAGCGUGUCACAGUCCUCCCACUCACAUAAUUGUCUCACAACAUAAAUCCUUCACGCUACACAUGCUGACUGAAAGGCAUUUAGGUUUAGAGGAUGGGACAACCAAACAGCAGUUAUCUCUGGAUUAUUACACUUUGUGCUCAAAUAUGUGAAUAUGAAUAAAAAUGUUGCAGCACUGAGUAUACUUUUAAAUGUAAAUAAACUGAAUUUCACGUCUUUCUUGAUGAA